AAAUAAAAUAUUAUUUCGUUUGUUUCAGGUUGUCCAAGUGUUCAAAGGUGUUUAUUCUAAAUUAAUAUUAGAUAUAUUGAUUAAAUGAUUCUCGGAAUGAAAUUAAGCAAUUUUCUUUAUUUAUCGAGACGAAAACAGAAGUAAAUUGGACUAAACGAAACCCAAUUUUGUUGACCGAUCGUCGUUAUUAACCGUAUUAAGCGUUUAAAAUUAAUUUAUUGGAUUUACUAUUAUAUAGACGAAUACAAGUUUUGGAGAGGAGGUUUGGCCGCGAGAUGAAACAGAAUGCGCGACCAUACAUCACAACUAAACAUAUACAUUUUAACAUGUGCCAUUGUUAGACACGUUUACUAAGCUCCUGUACACGAACUAGCCUAACAGUUGUGACUAACCGGACAUGAAUUUCAGUGGACAUGCUGUUUCCGAGAAGAACUGUGCCUGUGAGGAAGCCUGUAGUUCCGCCACGCUGUAACGGGGUCAACUGUAAGUUGGCCCGGCAGUGUUUACAGAUCUCGGAGGCAGACCGGAUAAGGAUAUGCUCGGACUUCCACAACCUCGGCGAUCGCGACCUCCAGCGAGCGUUUAUUUCGCGCCAAAUCCGACAGUAUGAUCUCCAGCAGACGAAGUUCCCCCGGUCACAUCGGAGCAAGACGAACUACUAUUAUCUUCCUAACGCGGACGGAGAAGAUGUCAAUGUGUGCCAGAAGAUGUUUCUCAACACCCUUAACAUCUCGGAGAAAGUCAUGCGCACAGCUCUGGCCAAAGGGAAAUCGUCGGAAGAUGUUUAAUAGGGAUACACUGCCUCGCUGUGGAGAGCUAUCAUCAGUCAACAAACGGUUGCCUACGCAUAGAAGCUGCGGCGAAUCAGGUGUUCGAGUGUCCCAAGUGCCGCAAGAGCUACGUCCAUAAGAGAAGUCUCAGGAAACACCAGCGCUUCGAGUGUGGGAACCAGAGGCCCUUCAGCUGUCACAUGUGUCCCUACAAGGCCUCACAGAAAGGGACACUCAAGAGCCACGUCCUUUUCAAACACAGGGUCUCGAUAUGACUCGAGGUCUCAAGAGUGAAAGAUCUCAACCCAGCGCACCAUCAAGUGGAGUUGAAUCAAUUCUUUGUACUUUCAUUGUUUCUUUGUUCUUACCACUCAUUGUUACCAUUGUUUGAAUGAAAAAUAAAAUUUAUUUCUGUACUA